AUGGGGCUUAUGGCGCACCAACCAAGGAUGCCCCAAAACCAGAGGACCAGAGGGAGUGUUAGUGAGAAGGAAAGAGUCCAGUUUCUUUUUGAUUUGAGGAUUGUGUUAUUGGGAAACAGAGCAGCAGGGAAAACCUCUUUGGCAAACCUAAUAACAGGUCGUGCAGAGCCUCAUCUAAGGAGAACGGCCCAGUGUGUGAAGAUGCAUGGAGAUUUUGCCGGAAGGCAGGUCACUGUAGUUGAUACGCCGGGCUGGUGGAAGAACAACCUUGUAAAAGAAACCCCUGAAUUUCAAAAACAAGAGAUUGUGCUUAGCUUAGCUCCUCCUGGGCCCCAUGCGGUUCUGCUGAUCAAGUCAAGUCAAAUCAUACGUGUCAAUGCUUUAUUCAAAGAAAAACACAGGAGGUCGGCGCAGGAACACCUGGAACUUCUGAGCAAGAGAGUCUGGAAUCACACCAUAGUUGUGUUCACGUAUAAAGACCAGCUACAGGAACAAACUUUAGGAAAGCACACUGAAAGUGAAGGAGAGUCUCUUCUGCUCUGGCUAGUGGAGAAAUGUGGACACAGAUAUCAUGUUCUUAAUACUGAGAGAGCCACCGGUGCGCAGCUUAUGGGGUUUCUGGAGAAAAUAAACCCAAUGGUUGUGGGAAACAGUGGCUGUCAUUUUGAAAUGGAGAGAAAAUGGUUGCAUAAGGUAGAAGGAAUGAUGACGAAGAGAUACAUGAGAGCAAACCAGAGGAGGAAGAUGGUGCAAGAACAAUGGGAGACUCCACUUGUACGACAAGGUAAGAACCAGGGGCCGGAUUCACAUAGAGCUUCUUAA